AUGGCUGCCAAGAUUCACGUCGGAAAUCUCUCAUUGAACACUACCCUUGAUACGUUUAGGCAAGCUUUUUCGGACGACGGUCAAGUGCUAGAUGCUAUUGUUAUGACAGACACAGACACAGGAAUGUCCAGGGGUUUUGGAUAUGUCACCUACAGUACUGUCUCUGAAGCCGGAGUUGCAAUAGAAGAGAUGAAUGAUCAGGGGGAUUUUGAGAAAUACCCUAAAUUUUAA